CUUUAAAAACGGCUCUUUUCUCAAUACCCUUAAGUGCUCUUGGGGAUUCCGUGAGUGGACCCCGGCUUGCAGUGAUUUUCUCUCUUCUAAACGGAAAUGAUAGCUGUGCGCAGGCUUUUGUGGUAGGUGUGGAAGAUGCUUCUCCAUUGGUUAUCAGUUUGGCUACAACCAAUACUGUUCAGCCUUUCUUUCCAACGCAAAGGAGCUAAUUGAGCUAUGUGUGGAGAUUCUUGGACGGAUCCUGCUGGCCCUCAGCCCUGUCCACCUGGCCCAAAACUGCAGAAUGGAACUUCAGGCUGGACUAAAACAUCCUGACGACACAGUCAAAAUACUGUCUUUGACCCAAAUUGGUAGAAUUGUAGAGAAUCAUGAGGCAGUCACAGAAAUUCAGAACAACCAAGACAUUCUUCGGGAAGUGAUCCACUGUAUUGCAGGAGAGAAGAUAUCGGUGGCCAAAGAGGCAAUAGGAGUUCUCGCCACUCUCAGCCAGUCCAAAGCUGGGUUGAAUGCCAUAUUCAGGAGCGACUUAUUGAAAGACCUCAAGGAUGUGAUGGCUGCAAGUGAUAUUGUCAGAUACAGAGUAUAUGAGCUGAUAGUGGACAUCUCGUCAGUGUCACCUGUCUCCCUGGGUUACUGUGUCAGCAGCAGCUUUAUAUCUCAGCUACUGGAUGAGUUGACAGGAGACGAUGUCUUAGUCAGGGCUGCAGCCAUAGAGAUGGUAACAACACUUUCCCGCAGUCAGCAUGGCCGUCAGUAUCUGGCGCAGCAAGGUAUCUCGGAUAAGAUAUCCAACAUGAUUAUCGGAGCGGAGUCCGACCCCUUCUGUAGUUUCUACCUACCUGGGCUGGUGAAGUUUUUUGGAAACCUGGCUAUUAUGGACAGCCCCCAACAGGUGUGUGAGACAUACCCAGCAUUCCAAAACAAAGUGCUGGAGAUGGCUCUCGGCGCAGACCCUGUCAUGACUGGAGUGGCUCUUGACACACUGGGCAUCCUGGGCUCUACCGUGGAGGGGAAACAAGUCCUGCAGAAAAUGGGUGAGAAGUUCAAUGCUGUUCUGAAGAGAAUGAGCCAGCUUGCCUGCGGUGGAGCCACCGAGCUGAGAGUGCGCUGUCUGGAGGCCAUUUCGCUCCUAAUCAGUCUGCAGGUCGAGCAGCAAACCGAAGACCUGCUGGUUCUGACUGAGUCCUGGUUCAGUAUGCUGUCUAAUCAGCCCAUGGCGUUGAUCUGGAAUAUCAGCACCCAGCCCUUCCCUGAGCUCCUCUGUGGCGCUCUUCGCAUAUUCACUGCAAUAGCUCCUCAGCCAUGGGGUCAAAGGUUAAUGAUUGGCACGCCAGGGUUCAUGGAAUUCGUUGUGGACCGUUCGGCAUGUUUGACCAAGGAGGCGAAGGAGGCAAAGUUUGAUCUUGUGGGUGCACUGGUGAGUUCUUCGACAGCAGCCGAUAUCUUGGGAAGCCAACUCUACCUACGUCUGCGGUCUUACCUGAGAGAGGGAGCAUACCACGUUACCUCUGUGUCAACCAUGACCACAGAGGGAGCGGACUGACUGAAAUAUUAAAACUUUAUAUGAAUACUGUAUUUUCUAUACCAAAUUAAUAAUCUGAAAUAUGUUGAAAUUAGUAGAUUUACUGUUUUUUUUUUAUGUGGUUUAUUUGAAAUUAUUAAACUGAGAA